ACUCGGAUCAGCUUCACAUUCAUGUGUCCACUUGAAGGAGGAGUCCCGCAAGAUCGCAAGAUCUUCAGUGUUAGAGUAAGAACUGGACAGAACGUUUGCCACCUCUAAAAAUAUAAAGGGUCUGCAGGGGUAGGUGUUUGUCCUAGAAUCAAUCAUUAUCUAUCUUAGACAUGCGAUACGACACCAAUAUAAGGCCUGUUUCUAUUUGCUUUCAAGAUUUAUUGAACAUUUAAUCCUAUCUCCAAAACUUGGUACACUCAAGAAAUGGCAGCGUUCAUAGGAGCGAAUCUGAACCCUUGCAAUUAUAUUGGAGGUGUGAGCUUCAACCCUGAUCGAGACAUCCCAGAUCUAUCAGGAAAGGUAGCGUUGGUGACUGGAGGAAAUGCUGGACUAGGCAAAGAAACAAUUCUUCAGUUGGCCAAACAUCGACCACAAAGAAUAUAUCUUGCCGCACGGUCGGAGUCGAAAGCGCAGACGGCUAUCAGCUCUAUAAAAGCGUCGCUAUCGAAGAAUGUUGAAAUAACCUGGCUUCCGCUGGAUUUAAUGUCUAUUAAAUCGAUUCAAACAGCGGCACAAAAAUUCCACGCAGAAUCAUCACGGCUCGACAUAUUGAUCCUCAAUGCAGGUGUGAUGUCUCUUCCACCAGGAGAGACAGAGAUGGGCCAUGAGAUCCAGCUUGGUACUAACCAUACUGGUCACUUUCUUCUCACAAAGCUGUUGUUGCCCACAUUACUCAAGACAGCAGAAGAGCCCAAUUCAGAUGUGCGGGUUGUAUCACUCGCAUCGAUCGGACAUAAUCUGGCCCCCUCUUUUGAGACCAUCCUGGAUCAAGACCGGUUGAAGAAGGUGAACACGAACACUCGAUACGGAGCGUCAAAGGCAGCAAAUAUUCUAUUCGCAGCUGAGCUUGCGCGGCGAUAUCCUUCCAUAACCUCCGUGUCCGUCCAUCCCGGGAUUAUUCUCACUGAUCUAUACAGCUCGUUGAACGAGCGCUCUACCCUUGCUGCGUUGGGCUCAAAGACACUGAACCUUCUUGGAACGCCCGUUCCUCAGGGGGCCUAUAAUGAGCUGUGGGCCGCAGCUGGUGCGAAAAAGCAAGACCUCGUCAAUGGAAGCUACUACAUUCCCGUGGGACAUUUGAAGCCAUAUAAUCACUAUGCUAACAGCAAGGAUAUGGGAAAACGCUUGUGGGACUGGACCGAAUCCGAGCUACGCAAGUUCAAUGCUUUGCCUUGAGUUGUCAUAUUUCUAUUUUCUUACCUCGUUUUGUUUUGAAAUCUAAAUGUAUGUAUAUGUGUCUUUGGAAUGACAAAAUAUUGCCACUUUUCCUUCUUGGCGGAACCAACCUCGGAGUUUCAGUAAAUCCGACAAUUAGGCCUCUGAAGAUUGUGGGCCAGACUAACUAGAUGGAGCACCGGUUGCGAGACGCUCUGAUGUUUAACUUUCGGACCUGAUUCUCUAUCGUGGGGGAAGGCCGUCGAGUUCU